UUAGCUUAGGGUGAGGAUUUGUUUUUGAGUCAUGUUCAUAUGUUUCAGCUGCAUGUUAAUAAAAUUCAUUUUAUUUCUGUUUAUCUACAUAGUGGCAACAUGUGCAAACUCACUCUAACUGCAGGGCUCUGUUUGAUCAUCGCCAGCUUGGGUUAUCCUGGCCUCACGGAUACAGCUGCAGUGCCGCCAAACACCUGUAAUGGAAGGAUCAGUGGGCUAUACCCCAACCCUGCUGACCCACACUCUUUUUACAGUUGUGGUAAUGGAAUAGCCUACCUCCAAAACUGCCCAUCAAAUCUGGUCUUUAACCCAAAAUGCAGCUGCUGUGACUAUCCUGUAACUCCAUCUACCACAACCACAACUCCACCUACUACAACUACAACUCCCCCUACCACAACUACCACAACUCCCCCUACCACAACCACAACUGCCCCCACCACAACUACAACUCCACCUACUACAACUAAAACUCCGACACCAAUUGAUAACUUCUGUAAUGGAAAGAGCAAUGGGCAAUACACUAACCCUGCUGACCCACGUUCUUUUUACAAUUGUUGGGAUGGAAGAACCUACCUCCAAAACUGCCAAUCAAAUCUGGUCUUUAACCAAAAAUGCAGCUGCUGUGACUAUCCUGUAACUCCAUCUACCACAACCACAACUCCACCUACUACAACUAAAACUCCGACACCAAUUGAUAACUUCUGUAAUGGAAAGAGCAAUGGGCAAUAUACUAACCCUUCUGACCCACAUUCAUUUUACAAUUGUUGGGAUGGAAGAACCUACCUCCAAAACUGCCAAUCAAAUCUGGUCUUUAACCAAAAAUGCAGCUGCUGUGACUAUCCUGUAACUCCAUCUACCACAACCACAACUGCCCCUACCACAACUACAACUCCACCUACUAAAACUACAACUCCGACACCAAUUGAUAACUUCUGUAAUGGAAAGAGCAAUGGGCAAUACACUAACCCUGCUGACCCACAUUCUUUUUACAAUUGUUGGGAUGGAAGAACCUACCUCCAAAACUGCCAAUCAAAUCUGGUCUUUAACCAAAAAUGCAGCUGCUGUGACUAUCCUGUAACUCCAUCUACCACAACCACAACUGCCCCUACCACAACUACAACUCCACCUACUAAAACUAAAACUCCGACACCAAUUGAUAACUUCUGUAAUGGAAAGAGCAAUGGGCAAUACACUAACCCUGCUGACCCACAUUCUUUUUACAAUUGUUGGGAUGGAAGAACCUACCUCCAAAACUGCCAAUCAAAUCUGGUCUUUAACCAAAAUGCAGCUGCUGUGACUAUCCUGUAACUCCAUCUACCACAACCACAACUGCCCCUACCACAACUACAACUCCACCUACUACAACUAAAACUCCGACACCAAUUGAUAACUUCUGUAAUGGAAAGAGCAAUGGGCAAUACACUAACCCUGCUGACCCACAUUCUUUUUACAAUUGUUGGGAUGGAAGAACCUACCUCCAAAACUGCCAAUCAAAUCUGGUCUUUAACCAAAAAUGCAGCUGCUGUGACUAUCCUGUAACUCCAUCUACCACAACCACAACUGCCCCUACCACAACUACAACUCCACCUACUAAAACUACAACUCCGACACCAAUUGAUAACUUCUGUAAUGGAAAGAGCAAUGGGCAAUACACUAACCCUGCUGACCCACAUUCUUUUUACAAUUGUUGGGAUGGAAGAACCUACCUCCAAAACUGCCAAUCAAAUCUGGUCUUUAACCAAAAAUGCAGCUGCUGUGACUAUCCUGUAACUCCAUCUACCACAACCACAACUGCCCUUACCACAACUACAACUCCACCUACUAAAACUACAACUCCGACACCAAUUGAUAACUUCUGUAAUGGAAAGAGCAAUGGGCAAUACACUAACCCUGCUGACCCACAUUCUUUUUACAAUUGUUGGGAUGGAAGAACCUACCUCCAAAACUGCCAAUCAAAUCUGGUCUUUAACCAAAAAUGCAGCUGCUGUGACUAUCCUGUAACUCCAUCUACCACAACCACAACUGCCCCUACCACAACUACAACUCCACCUACUAAAACUAAAACUCCGACACCAAUUGAUAACUUCUGUAAUGGAAAGAGCAAUGGGCAAUACACUAACCCUGCUGACCCACAUUCUUUUUACAAUUGUUGGGAUGGAAGAACCUACCUCCAAAACUGCCAAUCAAAUCUGGUCUUUAACCAAAAAUGCAGCUGCUGUGACUAUCUUGCAAACACCAAUUGAUAACUUCUGUAAUGGAAAGAGCAAUGGUCAAUACACUAACCCUGCUGACACAUAUUCUUUUCACAAUUGUUGGGAUGGAAGAACCUACCUCCAAAACUGCCCAUCAAAUCUGGUCUUUAAGCAAAAACGCAGCUGCUGUGACUAUCCCACAAUAAACACUUCAACACCUAUUGAUAACUUCUGUGAUGGAAAGAAAGGGAACUUCCCCUACCCUGGUGACAAACAUUCUUUGUACACGUGACAGAGGCACCACAAAAAAUACCUAUCAAUUUUGGUCUUCAAAAAUAAUGCAUAUGCAGUCAACAAUUGUGGACAGGAAUAAUUUCAUUGUCUAAAAGGUGGCAAUAUAUAUUCAUAUUAACACAAAGGAGACAUUGUCAAAGCUGUUGCUGUAUGUUGAACAUAGGGGUGUAACGCUACACACAAUUCACGGUAUCUCACUAUAUUGUAUGGGUGUGUUCUUAUUUGUUUAUAUUUAACCAUUGCAUGAUUGGAUUUGUCACAUUAUGACACAGAUGUUGCAUAUUUCAUACAUGUAUAUGCUGUGUGUCUAAAUGUAAAUACAUACUACAAAAAUGAAUAAGUUGAUAAAAAUGAAAUGAUGAAUCAAUAAAAUACUAUGAGUUUCCCAGA